AUGCAUCAGUACCUUGAAGACUUUGGUCUUGGAUACGACAGAAAUGACCGCAGCACCUGGAACUCAAUGUACCUUCCCGAGAUCAACAACAAGGGCAUGUGCUUGGAUUACGCCGUCACCCACGAGGACUUUGUAUGGGAGAUCAGAUCAGAGCCUGGUGUUCUGUCGGUCUUCGAGACAUGGCUGAACACUCAAGACCUAAUCGUCUCAUUCGACGCUGUCAACUUCGGUCUCGCCGGACGCAAGGAUCUCCCUCCAAACAAGCCCUGGCCUCACCAAGAUCAAGACCCCACAAAGAACGGUUUCAGAUGUUUACAAGGCUUGGUUAACCUGCUACCAAACGGUCCCGAUGAUGGCGGUCUCAUUGUCUGCGAAGGUGCACACUUGCUCAGCGAGCGCUUCCACAAGGAGAUGAAGUGGGAGACGGAAGAGGGCAAGAACAUCCCCGCCUGGAACCCAGAAUGGUACGGCUUCACACAAGAGGGCAUGAAGUGGCUCGAGAAGGAAGGUUGCACAUGGACAAAAGUCUGCGCCGAACCUGGUGAUUUACUUCUGUGGGACUCUCGUACACCUCACUACAACCUUUCAUCGACAACGGACCAGUCUCGCUUCUGCGUCUACACAUGUUACAUGCCCGUCACAGAAGCUUCCGAGGAGGAGCUACAAAGGAAGAAGGUUGCCUUUGAGGGUUGGUUCGGCACCACUCACUGGCCCAAUUGCAAGGUCAUGGGUAGAAACAAGGCUACGAGAGACGGCCAGCCGGAUCCUCACAACAGAACUGAGCCUGUCAAGAAGCCACAGCUUUCGGAGCGUGUGUACAAGUUGACUGGUAUUCCUUACAUCAAGGCAUCGGCUUGA